AGCGCCGCAGCUUGGCGAUCAAGGGGAGCUUGUGCUUCCAGCCUUGGCAAUGGAUUGUGAUUCGCACCUCGAGUCAAGCCAGGAGGCCUACUGGCCUUUCCCAUGGCCCAGGAACGACAUUGAUGGCGGCCGCCAGUCCCCCUUCGAGGACGAGGAUGACUAUGACUACGACAGCUGCUGUGGGCCCGAAGGCCAUGAGUGGAAGCCGCCGGCCGACUUGCUGCUGCCAGGCUCUGCCGCAAAAGCAGAGACCACUGCGAUAGUGGCAAGUUCCAUGGUGGAUGAUCAGGACAUGGGCUCGCACUGCGCCCUAGAUUCUUUCAUUGUGAAUGGUGAGGUAAUUGGAGAGACCGCGCUGGGUCUCAGCAAUCUCCGUGGCUACAAGCGCCGCAGCGCGCCCUCCUCGCCGGGCCCAGCGAGUCGGAAGCCGCGCACAUCGCUGAACAUGGCAGUGCCCUUUGUUUUCGGGAGGUGAGGCGUGCUGAGGUCAAACAAGUUGACUGCUUAGUUACAAGGCUUAAGGCUUUCAUCCUUUCACUGGGAGAC